CUCCCGCCAGCCGCUUCGGCUGCUCUCAAAGUGAUGAAGGACUCGACGGCCGAAUUCCCCGUCCUCGAGCAGAGAAGGCGAGCAUGUCAAUCAUUCAGCAAGCCCCGCCUCUUCCGGGCCUGUGAGGUUGGGCCGCCGCCUCCUCUCCUCCUCCUCCUCUCGCUCGUUCGCUCUCUCCCUUUUGUGAGUUAUAGCAACCGUUGCCUUGUGAAUCAAGCGCCAUAGUCACCGUAGUCCUGGCGACUGUUACCCAUCAACAACAACGGCUCCUCUCCUCCACCACCACCACCUCCUCCUCCUCCUGCUGCUGCUCCUCCUCACCCCCAUCAUCACCCCCUUCCUCAUCAUCACCCACAACAACAACAACAACCACCUCCACCAGCAAGAGCAACACCACCACAGCCCUCCACAGCCCAGUGGUGACAAUUGGUUGUCUUUGUCCACUUCCUGAUAUAGAAGUCUCACUGAACAUUCUGGAUUUUGGAUUGUAUAUGAACAAGAGCGGCUUUGGAGCUGAAUCUAAAGAGCUAUCCUAUCUGUUUCUGGCAGUUACAGAAUUCUUUUGAUUUAAAGUGUGACUGGUGGAGUUCCAUCCAGUCUCUUCUAAAUGUGUAGCAUGGAGAAACCAUGUCUCUACUUGUGAAACAUACUCCUGUUAAGAAGUAUGCCAAUACCCAGCCUAGAUUUGAAUCUAUUGCUUCUUUGCUUCAUUCCGUUGGCUCAGAAACCGCAAUGCAGACAUCAGAGACUGGUUCGGACACAGGUUCGACAGUGACUUUACAGACUUCUGUAGCUGGCCAAGCAGCCGUGCCCACACAAGUGGUUCAGCAGUUACCAGUACAGCAACAGGUUCAGCAAGUGCAAACUGUACAGCAAGUACAACAUGUAUACCCAGCCCAGGUGCAGUAUGUGGAGGGAAGUGACACAGUCUACACAAAUGGAGCUAUACGAACAACUACGUACCCUUACACAGAAACUCAGAUGUACAGCCAAAACACUGGGGGGAAUUACUUUGAUACCCAAGGAAGUUCUGCACAGGUGACAACAGUGGUCUCUUCUCACAGUAUGGUGGGAACUGGAGGCAUUCAGAUGGGUGUCACUGGAGGACAGCUUAUCAGCAGCACUGGAGGUACCUACCUGAUUGGCAAUUCAAUGGAAAAUUCAGGCCAUUCAGUGACUCACACAACACGAGCCUCCCCAGCUACAAUUGAAAUGGCGAUUGAAACACUACAAAAGUCUGAUGGUCUGUCCACUCACAGAAGCUCUCUUCUCAACAGCCAUCUCCAGUGGCUUUUAGACAACUAUGAAACAGCAGAAGGAGUGAGUCUCCCCAGAAGCACCCUCUACAACCAUUACUUGAGACACUGUCAAGAACAUAAAUUGGACCCAGUCAAUGCUGCCUCUUUUGGAAAGCUAAUAAGGUCAAUUUUCAUGGGCCUACGAACCAGGAGAUUGGGAACCAGGGGAAACUCCAAAUAUCAUUACUAUGGGAUUCGUGUCAAGCCAGACUCUCCUCUUAAUCGUCUACAAGAGGACAUGCAAUAUAUGGCUAUGAGACAGCAACCCAUGCAACAGAAACAAAGGUACAAGCCUGUGCAGAAAGUGGAUGGAGUCACAGAUGGUUUCACAGCAAGUGGUCAGCAGACAGGUGCAUCUGUUGAGCAAACUGUAAUUGCCCAAAGUCAGCAUCAUCAACAGUUUUUGGAUGCAUCUCGAGCACUUCCAGAAUUUGGAGAAGUUGAAAUCGCUUCUCUGCCAGAUGGUACUACUUUUGAGGAUAUCAAGUCAUUGCAGAGUCUCUAUCGAGAGCACUGUGAGGCAAUAUUGGAUGUUGUAGUGAACCUUCAGUUUAGCCUAAUAGAAAAAUUGUGGCAAACUUUCUGGCGCUAUUCUCCCUCAACAACAACUGAUGGCACUAUUACUGAACCAAGCAAUCUGAGUGAAAUAGAAAGUCGACUUCCGAAAGCAAAGCUGAUUACUCUGUGCAAAAAUGAGUCAAUUCUGAAAUGGAUGUGUAACUGUGACCAUGUGAUGUACCAGGCUUUGGUGGAGAUUCUCAUUCCUGACGUCCUUAGACCUAUUCCUAGUGCCUUGACCCAAGCCAUUCGCAAUUUUGCAAAAAGCCUUGAAGGUUGGCUUUCCAAUGCCAUGAACAAUAUUCCCCAGAGAAUGAUUCAAACCAAGGUUGCCGCUGUAAGUGCCUUUGCCCAGACUCUGCGAAGAUACACAUCUCUUAAUCACCUGGCUCAGGCAGCUCGUGCUGUGCUGCAGAACACUUCUCAAAUCAACCAGAUGCUCAAUGACCUCAACCGUGUCGAUUUUGCCAAUGUCCAGGAGCAGGCUUCCUGGGUGUGCCAGUGUGAUGACAACAUGGUACAGAGGUUGGAAACAGAUUUCAAGAUGACUCUUCAGCAGCAGAGCACUCUGGAGCAAUGGGCUGCCUGGCUUGAUAAUGUAAUGAUGCAAGCACUGAAACCAUAUGAAGGAAGACCUAGUUUUCCUAAAGCAGCACGGCAGUUUCUGUUAAAGUGGUCCUUCUACAGCUCUAUGGUUAUUCGAGAUUUAACUUUGCGCAGUGCUGCUAGCUUUGGUUCUUUUCAUCUGAUUCGUCUAUUGUAUGAUGAAUACAUGUUUUACUUGGUAGAACAUCGUGUUGCCCAAGCCACAGGAGAGACACCUAUUGCAGUCAUGGGAGAGUUUGGUGAUUUAAAUGCCGUUUCCCCUGGAAAUAUGGACAAAGAUGAAGGCAGUGAAGUUGAAAGUGAAAUCGAUGAAGAGCUGGAUGAAUCUGGAGAGCCACAAGCAAAGAGAGAGAAGACUGAAAUAAGCCAGGCCUUUCAGGUGGGCUGCCUACAGCCGGUACUCGAGAGUGGAGUACAGCAGAGCCUCCUGAAUCCUCUUCACAAUGAGCACAUUGUUACAGCUACUCAAACUAUAAGACAGUGCAGUGCUACUGGAAAUACAUAUACUGCAGUCUAACAGAUAUUAAACUACUUUUUCAGAUUAUAUUAGCCCUGUUGAUGUUGGGCUUAUCAUGGGGGAGGGGAGGGAUGCAAAAGAAAGAAGUCUGAAGGUUGACUGUUGUCAAAUUUUAUCUGUGCUUGAACACUACUUUUACUGGAGUUGUGAAAUGGAAUGGGUGUAUGUAUUUUGCCAGGUCUCUUUGGGGAAAAAAAGGUAAAUACAAUCAUUUUACACUG